CCCACACAUCUAGAAGAACAGUAUUCUUUUGGACGUUCGCAUGUACGCACGUCCAUGGUCAUUGUGGGGAGAACCAACAUCACAGAAAAAAUUGCCCCUAUCGACGAUAUGGACAAGGAGAACGGCGGUCACUUCCUUGAUACUGGCACUCUUGUUGACAGAGGCUUGCCAUAUAAGAGGAAAAGAAUUGACCAGGAUGGUGACCUUCCUCCACAGCGUGUACUGUCGGACAUCAGCGCACUCACCAAUUCAUCUGCAACAUCCAUGGAUAUGACGACCAAUCCUGGUCACACCCAGCCAGUUGCUGGACAGGGCAGCAACACCGACACAUCCAAGCCUAUUCUUUGGAGUGGCUCUGAAGCACCGAGUGUGCGUGAAAUUACUGUUUACUCCAUCCUCAUGGAGAAGUUCGGGAAUGAUAAGCCCUUCCGUGUGCGAAAUCCGCAACAGCCACAAUUGCAAGAGGCGGUACGAGCCAUCAAUCUUGUCCUACCUAACGAAGACCGUGUGUCAAGCGAAAGGCUCAGCAAAUACUUUCAGCGUGCAACAGCAAGAACACCUGGUGCAGGGUUUGGCAAAUACCGUGGUAAGCUGCGCUGGGUGCGAUUCAGCUCAGUUUUCAGUACAGUACGUGUCACUCAUUCAGCUUGCCUACAGAAAGCACUGCAAGGGUCAAUUGCAGACGAGGAGCGGAAAUCCUUGCUCAUUUGUAUUGGUGAAUGCGUAGGAGAAUGGGACCCUGCAUCAUCUCCUCCAUCACUAAAACAAGCUAAUGUUCCCCUCGACUUUGAUGGCAUUAAAAGGGCAGUGCCGACCAACUUCCGGUGGAGAGUAACACUGGAGAACGGAUGCUGUAUUAUCUGGCACUACAGAACAACAGGUGGUGCUACGGAGCGAUCAAUAAAGGUUCAACCCAACAUGGCAUACACAACACACUUUUAUGACCACAGCCUUCCACUUCUCAACUCUAAUCUUCCUGUCACGCUCACAACAACCGAGCAGCUUACAACUUUGCUAACAGCAGUGCAACACGCAACCAUAUGUAAAGGGUUGAAUUAUGAAAAAUAUGAGCCACUUUUCAAAGCCAGACUUGAUGGAAGCACUUUCAGGUCAAAGGAUGGGACGGUCAAUGCGUAUGCUGAAGAGUCAUACACAACACAGAGGUGCAUUCGAACAUCGGGCUGUGCAAUUCUAGUUAGUGCCACAGGGAUAUGCAGCACAUGUCGACAGUUUGACGGCAGCCUUCGGAAAGACUUGUCAAGACUUAAGAAUCGCACACCUGAAUCACGAGCAAGCACUGCGAUUACUCACUUAACGAGGGAAGAACUGGUUGACCGCGUGAGGACCAAGCCCGCUCCAAAGUCUGUGCAACGACAGGCCAAACAAUUGGAAGAACUCAAUAAAAAAAGGGUGACCACAAAGCACAACGGAGAGUAUGCCACAUUGUUUACGAAACUAGAGCAUGGGCUAGACAAGAUACAGGCUCAAGCUAACAAUCCUCAGUGCAACUGGAAGAACUGCUCGGAAUCAUUUAGCACAAUCGAGGAGUUGCAGAACCACAUUUAUUUCAAUCAUACGAAAAUAAUGGAAACUUCCUGUCAGCUUUUCCCAGCGUACGAGUGUCUGUGGUCAGGCUGCAGCACUAAACCGUAUAAAAGCAAAGCGGCUUUUCAUGCGCAUGUGCGGAAGCACACGGGAGAUUCAGGAGACAUCUUGUUUAAAUAUCUACUUGAGGACCAAGCCAGGGCACUCACAGUGCCUGAUCAUCAGAUGCGUUGGCAUCCCUGCGUUCUACGAUGGUGCCUACAUCAGCAUGCCCGCUCAGCCGCUGCAUACGAAGAUAUGCGCAGUAGCAGACUCCUUCGACUUCCGUCUGGCCGAACUCUCCUCAGGUACCGUAAUUUCAAUCACCCGCAGUCGGGAUGGAACGAUGGCACCUUGGAUGAAAUGCGGUCUGUUUAUGAUAAAUUUACUGACGCAGGAAAGGGGCAAGUAGACCGGGCCAACACAGGCGGGAUCUACUUCGAUGAAGUUAAAAUAAAAGAAGGCCUAAUAUGGGACCCGCGAAGCGAUGAACUGAUUGGGUUCGUCGACUUUGCGGGUGAGCCAAGUGAUGUAUUGCAAAAUUCAAUAGCGACCCAUGCAUUCCAAUUUCACUUCCGUUCACUGUUUUCUUAGAAUUUUUUGUCAGCGCUAAUCCGUGGGGACAGACUUAUACUUAUCACUCUUCUGUAUCGCCGUCCACUAAUUCUUGUGAUCCUUGACUGGUCCUAUAAUGCCCAUAUCGCAGUAAUAUCGACUGUUUAUAUCGACUGUUUAUAUUGACUCUUCAAGAGAACACUGCUAGUUAUGUUGUACAUUGUCGUUGUAUGCAAUCUGAUAUAGCACAGUAUUCCAUAGCGUGGUUGGCUGAGUGGUUAUCUUCAGUUUUUGAGUGGCUAUCUUCAGUUUUUCUUUUUUGCCUGUUAAGCCGUGCAGCGGAAUUAUUUUACUGUGUUGUUUAUUCCAAUCGUUUCCUUUCAUCUGUGUGUGCCUUCUGAUGUGCUGUGUGCUGUCAACCUCGGAUAAGAAUGGCUGCGCUCUCAUUAUUCCAUCAGAAGCAUUCUGGUAUUUA